AAGCCCCGCCCAUGUCUUAUACCCGCCUACAAACCUUCCACAAACCUUUAUAAGCGCUCUGAAAGGGUCUUUGAUUUCCUUCGGUCUUUUCGGCUCUACAAAUCAAGGAUCAUGGCUGCCAAAACUGAACGCACCUUUGUUGCAAUCAAGCCUGAUGGUGUUCAGAGGGGCCUCACUGGUGACAUCAUCAAGCGGUUUGAGCAGAAGGGAUUCAGGCUGGUGGCCAUGAAGUUCCUCCAGGCAUCUGAGGAGCUGUUGAAGGAGCACUACAUUGACCUAAGGGACAGGCCUUUCUACCCUGGGCUGGUCAAAUACAUGACAUCUGGCCCUGUGCUCGCCAUGGUGUGGGAGGGGCUUAAUGUUGUGAAGACAUCAAGAGUGAUGCUGGGAGAAACCAAUCCUGCGGACUCCAAACCUGGCACCAUCAGGGGAGACUUCUGUAUUGAAGUUGGCAGGAACAUUGUCCAUGGGAGUGAUUCUGUGGAAAGUGCCAACAAGGAGAUUGCCCUGUGGUUCAAGCCAGAGGAACUGGUGAAAUAUGAAAGCUGUGCCUAUUGCUGGCUCUAUGAGUAAAGAUGCCCUGCUUGUAUGUGGUUUUUCUGACUUAACCCUUCUUUCUGGACCAUUCAUCCCAAAAUGCUGUAGACAAGGAAUUUGUACCAUUUGUUAUGCCUGAAGCACUUACUGAAUAAAGCCACAUGAAAUCCUG